AUGAAAAGUGCUAGUUUUACACAAUUGAAAGUAAUAAAAUAAUAAUAAUACAAAGUUAUCUUAAUUGUGAGAUUUAUUUAAUCUUUAACACAAUUUUUCGGUCAUUGAUGGUACAUAUCAUAUUUGCUUAAUGAAAUUAAGGUUAUGUUAUUAAACAUGACUGAAAAACAAAAGGUAUUAAUGUGUGGAGAUGUAGAGGGUCAUUUUAAAUUUUUAUUUAACAAAGUUGAUGCUAUCAAUAAGAAAAGUGGACCUUUCGAUUUUUUGCUAUGCGUGGGAAAUUUUUUUGGUGAAAACAAUAUAGAGCUUGAAGACUAUAAGAAUGGCAUGAAAAGUAUAUCAGUUCCAACUUACAUUAUUGGCGCAAACAGGGACAGUGAUUUAAAUAAUUAUCCAGACAUUGAUGGUUGCGAAAUCUGUCAAAAUCUUACUUAUCUUGGAAAACGUGGAUUGUACACUGCUAGUUCUGGACUUAAAAUAGCUUACAUCAGUGGUACAGAAAGUAAUUCUUCAGAAGUAAAACCUGCGUGUUUAAGUGAAAAUGAUAUAAUGUCAAUUAAGCAGGCUUGUUUAAAAGGUCAACCUAGUUUUCGUGGAAUUGACAUUUUGAUGAGUUCUCCUUGGCCUGCUGAUGUUACAAAUUUUGAUCCUAAUAAACCAAAUUUUAAAUAUCAGGGUUCGAAAUUAAUUGCAUGGUUGGCUGCUCAAGUAAAACCAAGAUAUCAUGUCUCAGCAUUGGAAGGCAUUCAUUAUGAAAGACCUCCAUAUAGGAAUCAGAGUCUACAAGAAGGAAAUAUUGAAAUUGCAACAAGAUUUGUAGCACUUGCACCUGUGAUAAACAAUCAAAAAAAAAAAUGGUUGUAUGCAUUGAAUUUAACACCUGUUGACAGAACUCGUUUAUCUGAGUUAAUUAUGAAAACUACAGAUGAAACAGAUUCUCCAUAUCCCAAAUCAAUGCUGUCGAGUGAACCGUCACUAAAAAAAUUAGAACAACCAAAGCAUACACAGUUUUUUUAUGAUAUGGAAUCUCAAGAGUCUACUAAAAGAUCAAAAUCUUCUGGAGGUCCUAACAAAAAACCAAAACGCGAAUUCGAUCAAGCUAAGUGUUGGUUUUGUUUAUCCAGUCCUGAAGUCUCUAAGCAUUUAGUAAUAUCUGUUGGAACAGAAGUAUAUGUUGCACUUGCUAGAGGUGGACUAGUUGAGAAUCAUUUUCUAAUUCUACCGAUAACCCACCAUCAGAGUCUCUCUAUUCUACCAAAAGAAGUAAAGGAUGAAAUUGAACAGUAUAAGAAUGCAAUAACCAAAUACUAUGCCACUAUGGAUAAAGUACCUGUAUUUUUUGAACGUAAUUUCAAAACAUCUCAUUGCCAGUUGCAAGUUGUGCCUGUUCAUAAAAAUCAAGCAUCAGCUUUGAAAGAAACAUUUGAAGAAAUGGCAGAAUGUAAUAAUUUUAAUAUAACAGAAUUACCUUCACACACAGAUUUGCAGCAAAUUGCAAAACCAGGUGUUCUAUAUUUUUAUGCAGAAUUGCCAAGUACAGAAAAACUAUAUUAUAGAAUAAAAAAAGAUUUUCCACUACAGUUUGGCAGGGAAGUAUUAGCUUCAGAUAGAAUAUUAGAUCUUGAUGAUCGAGCUGAUUGGAAAGAUUGUCAAUUGGAUCAAGAGGAAGAAACUGAAUUAGCAAAACGAAUUAGAAGAGACUUCCAACCAUUUGAUUUAGAUACUUAA